AGUGGGCGGGGCCGCGUGGCGUCAGCGCAAGAUGGCGGCCUCGGCGGCGCUGUUCCUGCGCUUGUGGAGCGAGCUGCGGCUCGGCGCGCGGGGGCUGUGCGCGAGGCUAGCGACGCCGCCCCCUCGGACCCCGGACCAGGCCACAGAGAUUGGGAGCCGCACGGGCACUAAGGCCCAGGCUCAGGGUCCACAGCAGCAGCGAGGCACAGAGGGUCCCAGCUACGCCAAAAAAGUCGCACUCUGGCUUGCUGGGCUGCUCGGGGCCGGUGGGACUGUGAGCGUCAUCUAUAUCUUCGGAAACAACUCUGUGGAUGAAACUGGCGCCAAGAUUCCCGAUGAAUUCGACAAUGAUCCAAUUCUGAUACAGCAGUUGCGCCGGACUUACAAAUAUUUCAAAGACUAUAGACAGAUGAUCAUUGAGCCCACCAGUCCCUGUCUCCUCCCUGACCCUCUGAAGGAGCCAUAUUACCAGCCACCCUACACACUGGUCUUGGAGCUAACUGGCGUCCUCCUGCACCCUGAGUGGUCGCUGGCCACUGGCUGGAGGUUUAAGAAGCGUCCGGGCAUCGAGACCUUAUUCCAGCAGCUCGCCCCUUUGUAUGAAAUUGUCAUCUUUACGUCAGAGACUGGCAUGACUGCAUUCCCACUCAUCGACAGCGUGGACCCUCAUGGCUUCAUCUCCUACCGCCUGUUCCGGGAUGCCACAAGAUACAUGGAUGGGCACCAUGUCAAGGACAUUUCGUGUUUGAAUCGGGACCCUGCCCGCGUAGUAGUCGUGGACUGCAAGAAGGAAGCCUUCCGCCUGCAGCCCUACAAUGGCGUUGCUCUGCGGCCCUGGGAUGGCAACUCUGAUGACCGGGUCUUAUUGGACCUGUCUGCCUUCCUCAAGACCAUUGCACUGAACCGCGUAGAAGAUGUCCGGACUGUGCUAGAGCAUUACGCCCUGGAGGAUGACCCACUGGAGGCUUUCAAACAGCGGCAGAGCCGGCUAGAGCAGGAGGAACAGCAGCGCCUGGCCGAGCUCUCCAAGUCCAGCAAGCAGAACCUUUUCUUUGGCUCUCUGACCAACCGCUUAUGGCCUCGCUCCAAACAGCCCUGACUUCUGAGCCUCUGCAGACUCACUGCCUAGGUCCUGGGCCCUAGGCCCCAGUGCUCCCAGACCAUGGCUCGGGCAGCCACAUCCAAUAAAGUCCAUCCCAGAUGCCACA